GCAUCCCUGUGUGGGGGGCUUUAACCAGUUUCUAAGCGAUUAUUAUUACCUCUCCCCCCGCCCUCCGCUUUCCCCACGCACCCCCCUUCACCUCCCCGAGUUCUUCACCCCUUUCAACAUUGUUUUUUCAAGGCUGAUUGGGGCGGGGGGUGGAAGAGAAAGAGCGAAGAAAAGUUGCAAACGUCUCCUCUCCCCCUCAGCCUCCCGCCCCCAGCCCCCCUCCGAGGAGAAGAUAAUAUAGUGAAAAGAAGAGGCGGCGGAGAGCGCGACGGGACGGACGCGAGCGGCAGCGCAGCCGCCCUCCCGGCCCCGCGGCGGCGCCUCGCAAGUCCGCGCGGCGAGCGGGGCGCGAGGGAGGCGCCGUGACAACGUUCGCUUCCCCCGGAGGGAGUCGGGAGGUCCACGGCCUCCAAAGCUUUUCAGCCCAGCAUAAAGCUGUUGGCGCGAGGGAGCAAAGGUAAAGAAUGACGUAAUGCACUGGCUGCCCCAAAGCAUCUUUUGUUGUGGAAUGGUUAUUCCAGUCAUCUCUUUAUGAAUCAGAUGUGAGGGGCUGCUUUGUGGAAGGAGUCCUUUGCUAGAGCACAUCAGCGGGAAAGAGAAAGAGACAUUCACUUGGAGGGCUCUUGCUGAAAAUGGGUUUAACUCUCCUUCUGCCAGUCACCACCAGCCUGACCUCAUACAUGUUUAGUACAAUGGAGUAGCUGAGCCUUUGAGCACACCACCAUUACAUCAUCGUGGCAAAUUAAAGAGGGACGUAGGGAAAGAAGACUUAUUGUUGUCAUGGCCCAUGAGAUGACUGGAACCCAAAUUGUUACUGAGAGGUUGGUGGCACUGCUGGAAAGUGGAACGGAAAAAGUGCUGCUAAUUGAUAGCCGGCCGUUUGUGGAAUACAAUACAUCCCACAUUUUGGAAGCCAUUAAUAUCAACUGCUCCAAGCUUAUGAAGCGAAGGUUGCAACAGGACAAAGUGUUAAUUACAGAACUCAUCCAGCAUUCAGCAAAACACAAGGUCAACAUUGAUUGCAGUCAGAAGGUUGUAGUUUAUGAUCAAAGCUCCCAAGAUGUUGCCUCUCUGUCUUCAGACUGUUUUCUCACUGUACUUCUGGGUAAACUGGAGAAGAGCUUCAGCUCUGUCCACCUGCUUGCAGGUGGGUUUGCUGAGUUCUCCCGAUGUUUCCCUGGCCUCUGUGAAGGGAAGUCCACUCUUGUCCCCACCUGCAUUUCUCAGCCUUGCUUACCUGUUGCCAACAUCGGGCCAACCCGAAUUCUUCCCAAUCUUUAUCUUGGCUGCCAGCGAGACGUCCUCAACAAGGAGCUGAUGCAACAGAAUGGGAUUGGUUAUGUGCUGAAUGCCAGCAAUACCUGUCCCAAGCCUGACUUUAUCCCUGAGUCACAUUUCCUCCGAGUGCCUGUGAAUGAUAGUUUUUGUGAGAAAAUUUUGCCGUGGUUGGACAAAUCCGUGGAUUUCAUUGAGAAAGCAAAGGCCUCCAACGGGUGUGUCCUGGUGCACUGCCUGGCCGGGAUCUCUCGCUCGGCCACCAUCGCUAUCGCCUACAUCAUGAAGAGGAUGGAUAUGUCCCUGGAUGAAGCUUACAGAUUUGUGAAAGAAAAAAGACCUACUAUAUCUCCAAACUUCAAUUUUCUGGGCCAACUCCUGGACUAUGAGAAGAAGAUUAAGAACCAGACUGGAUCUUCAGGGCCAAAGAGCAAACUCAAGCUGCUGCACCUGGAGAAGCCGAACGCCCCUGUCCCCGCGGCCUCGGAGGGUGGACAGAAAAGCGAGACGCCCCUCAGUCCACCCUGUGCCAAGUCUCCUACCUCAGAGGCGGCAGGGCAAAGGCCGGCACAUCCUGCCGGCAUGCCUGGUGUGCAGCCCCCGCUGCCGGGGGACAGCCCGCUGGAGCAGGCACUCAAUGGGCUCCACGUGUCUGCGGACAGGCUGCAAGACAGCACUAAGCUCAAGCGUUCCUUCUCUCUGGACAUCAAAUCCGUUUCGUGCUCAGCCAGUGUGGCGGCGUCCGUGCAUGGUCUCUCCGCAUCAGAAGAUGCCCUGGAGCACUACAGACCUUCCUCGACUCUGGACGGGACCAGCAAGCCCUGCCAGUUCUCUCCCGUGGAGGAAGUCUCAGAGCAGACCCCAGAGAGCAGCCCAGAUAAGGAGGAAGCCAGCAUGCCCAAGAAGCCCCCGACCACCAGGCCUUCAGAUGGCCAGAGCAAGCGAUGCCAUCCCGUGAGGACCAGCAGCAGCGGAGCCACCCCGCGGUCCCUCUUAGCGCCGCUGCAUCGGAGCGGGAGCGUGGAGGACAACUACCACACCAACUUCCUCUUCGGCCUCUCCACCAGCCAGCAGCACCUGGCCAAGUCUGCUGCCGGCCUGGGCCUCAAGGGCUGGCAUUCAGAUAUCUUGGCUCCCCAGACCUCCACCCCUUCCCUGACCAGUAGUUGGUAUUUUGCCACGGAGCCUUCUCACUUCUACUCUGCCUCGGCCAUCUACGGGGGCAGCGCCGGCUACUCUGCCUACAGCUGCAGCCAGCUGCCCACCUGCAGCGACCAAGCGUAUUCUGUGCGCAGGCGGCAGAAGCCCAGGGACAGAGCCGACUCCCGGCGCAGCUGGCAUGAAGAGAGCCCCUUUGAAAAGCAGUUUAAACGCAGAAGCUGCCAGAUGGAAUUUGGAGAGAGCAUCAUGUCAGAGAACAGGUCACGGGAAGAACUGGGGAAAGUGGGCAGCCAGUCUAGCUUUUCAGGCAGCAUGGAAAUCAUUGAGGUCUCCUGAGAAGAAAGACACUUGUGACUUCUGGUGACAGUUUUCUUCUUGUUCACAAAAAAUAUUCCCUGUAAAUCUGAAAUAUAUAUAUGUACAUACAUAUAUAUUUUUGGAAAACAGAGCUAUGGUGUCAACACAGUUCUCUCAACAUCUGCAUUUGAGAGAUGAGUUAACGUGUGUCAACAGAAGUGGAAGGGCAGAUGCUUGGUUUCCCUGAGACAGAGGACACAGUUCCGGGCAGUGAACUGCAGGUCCUGUUUUUACUAAGUCAAGUUUUAUCGGGUAUGAGAGGACAAGAUACCCUGCCAUUUCCAUGUGCUACCAAGAAAUCUCCAGUACGAGUCUGUCCAGCCCUUCCACAGUGCACCUUAGCGCUGAGACUGAGCCAGGUGGGUCGGGUGGGGAGACCCUAUUGGGGACAGAACCUAAUGGUCAAUCCAAGAGAAAUGAUCACUUCCAAAGCUGAUUCACAAAUCCAAGCUUACCUGGCAGCCGAGUGAUGCGAGCAUCAUUCUGCUGGACAGACCAUUAGGGGCCUUGCCAAGAUCUACUUUAGAGCAAACCAGUACCUCAGACAGCAGGCGGGGGCUUUCUCCACUGCCCCGGCCGGGAGCCCACAUUCUAGGCGUUGUGAGUAGGUAGGUAGCUAGUCAUACUUCUCAGACCAGUUCAGACUGUCUGUGUCCAUGCACCAAUUUCCCACUGGGCCUGGAUGGAGGUUAUUAACUUUUCCUUUUUUCUUCUCAGCUGGAUGAAGAAAGAGGGGAAACCAUCUAGGAUUCCAUUUAACAGCCAGGAAUCUGGCAGCUAAUAAUGAUUUAAGCUAAGGUUGGGAGGCUAAACAAAUCUACCUCCCGCUUUAUAAAUCAAACAAUUGUUUGGAAUGGGAUUGUUAAUCCUUUAAAUAAAGAUUGACUUGGUUUAAAGCCAGAUGUGGAUUUAUUUGGGUUGGUAGAGCAGCAGCACCUUCAAGUUCUCUGCCAAAGUAGAUGUUUUCCAUCUUGGCUUCAUUGCACAGAUACAUUUUGUAAAAAUGUAACUAUAAGGUAGACUUUUAAAGGGAGAACCAAAGGGGGAGAAACUGAAGAGACUGAAGGAGGUAAAACCACAGAGGAGAAGCAGAAACUCUUAUUUCCUCAGUGGCUUUUUUCCUCCUGGUGUGCGGUGAGGGUGGUAUUUCUCUAAUUCCCUUAGACUUUCAGAUUUACUAAGAGGGCUGAGAGGCUAGUAAGCAAGGAAUGUUUAGAAUAAAACAGUAUAGGAAGGCGGGAAGAAGGUGGUUGAGUGCUGUUCCGUUGUGAGCAGCGUGAAAAGCCACAGCCAGGCUGGCCUCAGAAAGCAUCCCCAGCAUUGAUUUUCUUAGUAGAAGGGACAGACCAGAACGGCGGGGACCGUGGUGGUCUCUCAGCCCCUGACCUGCAAUAACUGUGUGGAGUUGUCCCGGCAGCUGAAAAUAGGAAAUAGUUAGAGCAGCCCACGCGGACAGGACAGAUCUGGUUUCACGUCCCGGGCUGGAGUUCUGUCAGCUCAGGGUGGUCCUCUUUGGAAGCCUUAAUUCACGUCAGCAGCCUUUUACGGGGUUGGGUGGGGGGUUGUCGUUGUUCUUUACAUGUAGCUAGAUGCUGACUCAUAUCUCAGGUUUUUCUGUGUUUGAGAAGUGGACCGUCCUUUGACUGGGAUGUGACUUAGUAUUUCCUAUGGUGACUGCUGAAACCAGCAUAGAAGGGCAUGACUCAAGACCGACUCGCUCAUGACAAGUAUGAGCUUCACAUAACAUGACUGGCUGUGCACAAAUGAUGUGCUGUGAUAUGGGUGUAAAAUGAAGGCAGGUUAGUGUAAACCACGGAGGGAGUGCACUGUUACCAUAUUGAAAAAGUUCUCUUAACUGAUCUUAGUUUUUCUAUAUAGACUUAAAUUUUGGAUGUAAUCCGACAUUAAGGUUUCACAGCAGUUUGUGAGGUGUUAAGUGUACACACACCCAAUGGGUAACAGCUCCUGCUUCCAGAGUCUGGUCCCAACUGUCUAACUUACAAAAUGAGAGCAGGGGCUCCAGGGCUCUGUAUGUUUCAGGAGGUUGGGGCCUUGGUUUUAAGGAGAUCUCUGGGCAGAAAUCUGCCUUCCGCCAUUUGGGGUUUCUCUUGGCCCAUGGUCCCCUUCCUUCUUUUGACUGUGACGUAGUCAUUCACUACAACCUUCAGUGCUUGAUCGCUAAUGUCCAAUAAUCAGUGCUUGGAAUCCUGAGGAGCCUGCAGAGGUCGCAGCUGCCGAGGCGGGCCUGGAGCUGCCUGGGCACUGGCGGAUGGGGCGGCGGAUGGCCCUCCUCGGCAUGUGGCCCAGGGGGAGCCCUGCGGUCCGCUGCGAUGAUACAGAAUGGUGAUUUUAAAGAGCAAAACUAAACUGCUAGGUGAGAAAUGCUGGAGAAUGGUUUAGGAAAUUGUAAAGUUAGGUGGAAAGACUGUGUAAAUGUUUAAUAUGAAUAUAGUGCUCUUGUGGAGUAAGGCAAGCUGUUGAAUGGUUAAAUUGUGCAUUUCUCAUUUUGAUGUGUCCUGUAUGUUAAUAUGAUAAUAAAACUGGUACCUGUUUAUACAUAAA